AUGUUUCUUCAAGCACGCGCUCUUGCCUUGGGGCUUGUCUUUGCUCCAUGGGCAUUGUGUGACGAUAGCAUCAUUAUCCGCGAUGUCGCCAUUGUAGGGGGUGGAGCUUCAGGAACCUUCGCUGCCGUGUCACUUCGCGACCAAGGCAAAUCAAUCAUCUUGAUCGAAAAAGAACCCGUCCUCGGCGGUCACACCAACACAUAUCAAGAUCCACUCACCAAGCAGAAUGUGGACUACGGCGUUCAAGUAUUUCACGACCAACAAUUCGUCAAGGACUUCUUCGACCGACUAAACGUGUCGUGGACCGUUGCUCUCCCGAGCUUCACCUCAUCUGCCACUCCGCAAUACCUGGACCCAAAGACUGCCAAGCCUGUCAAUUACAUACUCCCAGAUAUCACAACCGCUCUACAGGCAUAUGCGCAGCAUCUUUCUCAAUAUCCAGAUGUAGAACAGGGUUUCUUUCUUCCGGAUCCCGUCCCAAAAGAUCUCUUGCUACCUUUCGGCGAGUUUAUCAAGAAAUACCCCGAGAUUGCAAAUGCCUCAUUUACGAUAGCCAACUUUGGUCAGGGUCUCGGUGACCAUCUGAAGCAGCCAACUUUGUACGUGUUCAAGAACUUCGGCACAGACAUCAUCCGGGAUAUCGCGAAUGGGUUUCUGGUCACCACAAACCAGAACAACUACGAGGUCUACGACCACGCAACCCAGCUUCUUGGACAAGACGUUCUGCUCAACAGCACCGUCGUGAGCACAACAAAAAGAGACAGCGAUGGAGUGGAAUUUACCGUGCGAACACCAACCGGGUACCAGAAAGUGAAGGCCAAAAAGCUUCUAAUUACCAUCCCACCAACACUCGACAAUCUUCGUCCCUUCAACCUGAACCGACUCGAAUCCACCAUCUUUAGCAAGUUUAUGAGCACAGGCUACUACACCAGCUUAGUGAACAAUACCGGAUUACCACCAAACUUCACCUCAUACUCCGCCAGCCCUGACACACAACAAAACAUUCCCAAAUUACCCGGUGUUUACCUCGUUACCGGCACAGCAAUCGACGGCAUCUUCGACAUAAAAUAUGGCAGCCCAUCCCCCUUACCUGAUAAGGAUGUCCAACACGAGAUCCUCUCCUAUGUCACAAAGCUCCAGGACAACGGAAUCGCGGAAAAAGUACCAGGGAGCCCUGAGUUCGUGGCGUACAAAAGCCACGUUCCGUUUGAACUGACCGUGUCUCGUGAUGAAAUUGAGAAUGGGUUCUAUCUGGAUUUGUAUUCCUUGCAGGGCUAUCUCAAUACCUGGUACACUGGGGCCGCUUUUCAUACGCAGGACUCGUCUAUGUUGUGGAACUUUACUCGUUCAUAUGUGUUGCCUGGGUUGCUGGGAUAG